AUGAGGAUAUAAGUGAGAGUAAAGAAAAAGUAUAGGGGUAUAUUAUUAAAUUAGUAACGAAUUUCUGGAAGCAACCUCUCGUUAUGCUUCCUUGCUUCUCUCUCUCUCCCGCUUCUUGCUGAGUCGCCGACCUCUGAGAAGAAUCAGGUCUAACAAUGGUUGUACUCUGCUAUUUCAAGGGACUGCAAAAUGAUUAUUGAAUUGUUCUGUAAAGAGCAAUUGAUCCUUGUCUACUUCAUUCAAUCAAUUCUCCACAAAAUUAUAAAAAUGGCGUAUUCUCUUCUUCGGAUUCGAAAGGUUUCACCUUUCCGAAUCUCUCGUGUUCUUCAAGCUGAUAAGGCAAGUUUGUGGCGGUUUCACUUGGAACCUGAGUGUGCUCAGUUUUUGAGGUUAGGUGUCUUCACUAGGAACUACGGAAAGAUCUUAGGAUCCUCUAACUACGACUUCACUGGCUCCGAACCAUCCUCAUCUUUCGAUUUCACUGAUCUCACCUGUCCUCAUACAUGGUAUCCAAUUGCUCGGAGGAAGAAGCGCAAAGUCAUUCUACAUGUUGGCCCUACAAACAGUGGCAAAACAUAUAAUGCCCUCAAGCAACUUGAGCGGAGUUCUUCAGGUGUAUAUUGUGGUCCGUUAAGAUUGUUGGCAUGGGAGGUAGCUAAACGCUUAAACAAAGCUAAUGUUCCUUGUGAUUUGAUCACCGGACAAGAGAAAGAGUUAGUGGAAGGUGCUAAUCACAAGUCUGUCACAGUUGAAAUGGCUGAUGUUACUUCUGUCUACGAUUGUGCCAUCAUUGACGAGAUUCAGAUGGUGGGAUGUAAACAAAGGGGGUUUUCAUUUACUCGUGCUCUACUUGGGAUUGCAGCUAAUGAACUACAUUUAUGUGGUGAUCCAGCUGUCGUUCCUCUUGUUGAAGACAUUCUGAAAGUAACCGGAGAUGAUGUCGAGGUUCUUACAUAUGAGAGGCUUUCACCAUUAGUCCCUUUGAAGGUUCCUGUUCGGUCAGUUUCCGAUAUUAAAACUGGUGAUUGUCUUGUAACCUUUUCGAGAAAAGAUAUAUAUAGGCAUAAGAACACAAUUGAAAAGGCAGGAAAGCAUCUUUGCUCUGUGGUUUAUGGUUCAUUGCCUCCAGAGACUCGUACAGCGCAGGCAACAAGGUUUAACGACGCGACCAAUGACUUUGAUGUGCUUGUUGCGAGCGAUGCGAUUGGCAUGGGUCUUAAUUUGAAUAUUUCAAGAAUUAUCUUCUCCACCCUUGAAAAAUUUGAUGGUACCGAGACCAGAGACCUAACAGUAUCUGAGAUCAAACAAAUUGCAGGGAGAGCCGGCAGAUUCCGGUCACAGUUUCCUGUUGGAGAAGUAACUUGUUUGCAUAAAGAAGAUCUUCCGUUGCUUCAUUCGUCUUUGAAGUCUCCUUCACCUAUUAUUGAGCGUGCUGGACUGUUUCCAACGUAUGACCUCCUAUCUAGAUAUUCGCAAGCACACCCUAAACUCGGACUGUAUAAGAUUUUGGAACAUUUCGUUGAAAAUGCAAAGUUAUCUUCAAACUACUUUAUCUCUAAUGUUGAAGACAUGAUGAAAGCUGCAGCUCUUGUUGAUGAAUUACCUCUCAAAUUGCAAGACAAGUACCUAUUUGUGGUCAGUCCAGUUGACAUAAAUGAUGAAAUAUCUGGUCGGGGAUUUGCACAGUUUGCUCAAAACUACUCGAAAACACGCGUUGUGAAGCUCCGAGAGAUACUUUCAGAUGACACAGUGAAGGUUCCCAGAACACCAACAGAGCUCAAAGAACUUGAAUCCAUUCACAAGGUUUUGGAUCUUUACGUAUGGUUAAGCUUAAGGCUAGAGGACUCUUUUCCUGACAGGGAAGUAGCAGCUUCACAAAAGUCAAUCUGCAAUGUACUAAUUGAGCAGUUCUUAGAGGCAAAUAGAUUGAUCUCUCACAUCCCCUUCUCAAGCAAAAAACUGAGGAGCCGGCGUAAAUUCUAAGAAUACAUUUCCAGUUUGGUUGGGCAAUGUUCUUGAGCUGUUCGUUGGUUUUGGACUCAACUCGCUGAGGAGAAGUGAUUGAUUGUUCCACAAGAUCUUACACACAACUAGUAGCAUUCGGAGUUUGUCAUGUAUUUUUUAAGUGUUAACUAAACAGUAAAGAACUAUAUAAUUUCAUUGAUUUAUUUAUCAUUUCGGUGAGGCAUGA